ACCUCCUCUCUCUCUCGUUCGCUCUCUCUCUAAAAGAAGAGCCAAAAGUCUCUUUUUUCGGCACCAUCUUCCACCGCUUCCAACAUUGCUCAACAAGCUGCCUCCCACCGAUUCCUUGAAUCCCAAUUCCAAUUCCCUUUCGCAAAGUGCUAAAGAAGGGGGAUAUGCUGCAACAAAUGGAAAAUACUGAUGGUUUUUGGUUGGAGUCAAGAUAAAUUAAAAGAAAUGGGAGGCUGCUGCUGUUGUUCCUCCAAAAGUGCUGAACUGAACGCUACACCUGCAUAUUAUUAUUUCCCAAGAGCUUCAGAAGAGCAUGUACCCCUAUCAUCUGACCAUGGAGGUGCCCCUGUUCUCUCUGCAGGGCUCCUGGUUGAUACAAAUCUGGAUACGUCAAUUCCUGACACUUAUAGACCACCUCCGGCACCUAUGCCAUAUGAUGUGGUUUUAGGGCGUCCUCAAACACCUCCUGUGGCUCAAGAAAUUUGCAGCAACAAGAGUGACGCGGCAGCACAAACAACAAAUUCUGAUUCUGUUCAAGAAACAAUAGGUGGCAACUCUCAAGAAAAUUUGGUUAAGUGUGAAGAUCUCAAGGAAUCGGAAAGCAAAGCGGAAACCAAUUUUGAGCUUGACUUAGAAAAAGAGUCAGAAGUUGAACUUUCAAAGUCAGUGAAACCCGUAAUUUCUGCAACAGAGGAAGAUGAUGGUUGUCCCAUUUGUUUGGAAGAGUACGACACAGAAAAUCCAAAAAUGACCACAAAGUGCGAUCAUCAUUUUCACCUUGCAUGUAUUCUUGAGUGGAUGGAAAGAAGCGACACUUGUCCUGUGUGUGAUAAGGAGAUGAUUUUCAAUCCUCCUAUUGAUUAGCAGCAAUCAGAAACUCAGCUUAACUCCUCCUCUGCAAAGGUUACAUAGCCAUAAGAGUUUUUGGUUUUUCCCCAUCUCUCUCUCUCUCUCUCUCUCUCUCUCUCUCUCUCUCGCUCUCUCUCUCUCUCCAUUGUUAAGUGGCAGCCACAGAUUGGCUGUGGUUUGGUUGUUUUGGUUCUGAAUGAGUCGUGCCCAUUUCAAAAGCAUAGCGUCUUUGUGCAUUCAUUUACUUUUAAAAUGUAGAAAAAAAGAAUGAAAAGAGAAGGAAAGUAAAUAUAGUUUGGCAUGAUUGAAUCACCGAGUCCAUUAUCCCUUCUUUCUUUUUUAUUUUAUUAUUAUUAUUUUUUUUUUAUGAAUUUUUAUAAGCAACAUAUUUGCCUGAGUUGCGUAGUAAAUGAAGGGAUUACCAUACUGGUUACUUUAAUUGUCUAAAGAGAGAUUCGGAAUAGAGCUUGCUUAGGUGAACUACUCUCUGUCCGUCUCCCCGUGAUAUAGCUUUUCUGCGGGUCCUGCAUUAUUUGAUCCUGUUACUGGGUUGUUUCUAGUGUAAAUUAAUCUAUGUAAUGGAAGUAGAGAAAUAUAAAACGCAUAGACAUGCUUGAUGUCAGAUUAUUCAUGUAUAUAUAUAGUUUGAUUUUGACA